AUGCUUGAAAUCUUGUUUGGGAGACUCUCACUACCUCUCUAUAAUCAGGCUUUGAAGAAGAUCUCCAAGUUUGUGAAGACAAAUAUUCUUCCUGGGGCAAUUGCAGAGGUUGGACUGCUUUGUUGUGCCUGCGUUCAUUCUAACCCAGAAGAGGCAGUUACUCAACUUGUUGAGCCAAUUUUAUUGUCUGUUAUAUCUUCUUUAGAAGGAACACCAGCUACAGGAUUUGGAGGUAGAGGAAUGUGCGAUGCCUCAGUUUCAACAAAGGUCAAACCAACAAUUUCUCCAGCUCUUGAAACAGCAAUUGACCAUCAAUUAAAAGUCAAUGGAGCUGGUGAUCAUCUUCUUCGAUCCCUUCUUGGAAGCCUGAUUCUUUAUUAUCCUAUUGAUCAAUACAAGUGCAUUUUGCAUCAUCCGAAUGCUGCUGCAUUAGAGGAAUGGAUCAGCACCAAAGAUUAUUCAGGUGAUAAACCAAUGGUGGCUCCCAAGUGGCAUAUCCCGAGUGUUGAAGAAGUUGAAUUUGCAAAUGAACUUUUGGACCUUCAUUUUCAGUUGGCUUUGGAUGAUCUUUCGAGAAUAUGUGAAACUAAAGUCCAUUCUGAUCCAGGAGCUUUUCUGGAAGGUGAUGAUGCUGUUGCCGUCGCUGAGGAGGUGAAGAAGAACAACCAUGUAGUAAGAAAGUUGGAGAAGCGUCAACAGAUUUGCACCCUUGACCAACAUAUUGAAGAACAAUUUGGUGGUGGUCGUCUGUUGGCUUGUAUUAUAGCAUGGGUUCGUUCGAGUGCUUAA